AUGUCCUUGUUCAAGUUGCCUCGCUGGGUGAUUAAGAGCAUUGACAAAAUCAUGAGAGAUUUCCUCUGGUCUGGUCCGGACCUGCAUCAUCCCAAAAUUCGCUUAGUUAGCUGGGCGAGAUUGUGCAGAUCCAGAGAGCAAGGGGGUUGGAAUAUCCUCAACUUGGAAGUGUUUAAUAAUGCUCUUCUUGGUAAGUGGUGGUGGAAGAUCAUCUUGGGUGGUCGCUGGUGUGGGGGUGAGAUUUUUCGAGAAAAUUACUUUGGUAGUAGGCCAACCUGGAAUCUUUACCAUAAGCAGUAUGGUAGAAGAUCGGUCUUUUGGAAUGGUAUUCUCAAGGUCUUACCAGCUUUUCGGAAAAAUAUUAGCUCUUCAGUUAAGGGGGGCUCUUCCACGCUCUUCUGGCUUGAUAAUUGGGUGGAGGGACGUGCCCCUGCAGAUAUUUGGCCUCAUCUUUUUGAGUCUUCUAGGGACAAGGAGGGUACGGUCAGGGACUUGCUCAACAUGGAGUUAGCUUUCCCUUUUGGGGAUUUCCCUCGGGAGGGUAGUUUGAUUACUACUUUUCGUCUUCAGAAUAGCACGAUCAAGGAUGGUCGACAUUGGAAACUCUCCUCUAAUGGGAUGUUCUCUGUCAAAUCCUUUUAUCAAUUCUUGAAUGAUGGAGGGCUCCACUGUAGGCGGACUCCCUCCAUUCUCAAAGGUGGCUGUACUAGAAAAGUUAACCUCUUUAAUUGGUUGACCUGGGAUAACAAAAUUCUUACUCUGCAAAACCUUGCUGAUCGGCGGUGUAAUGUCCUUCAUGAUAUCACCUGUGUGAUGUGUCAUGCAGAGGUGGAAUCUGCAGAUCAUCUUCUCACCCAGUGUUCGAUGGCUUCUCAAAUCUGGGGUUUUUUCUGCCAAUUAUUUGGAGAUCAUCGCAGGCCUAAUUCCCUGUUAGACAUGUGGGGGAAUUGGCGCUCCCAAUUUAAUAAAUCUCUUAUUUCCUGUUGGGAUUUGCUCCUUCGAGCUGUAACUUGGAAUAUUUGGUUGGAAAGAAAUGCGCCCAUUUUUGAUUGUGCUUGUUCUUCUGCUACUUCUAUCAUCAUUAAAAUUAUUCAUUUGGUGCUUAUGUGGAUCAAUGCAGCUCCUGACUCAAAGAAAGCUAAAUUGGAGGAGCCAAGUGGCAAGCUUAGAAGAAGCCUUGAUUUCCUUUUCUCACAUGACUUGGAGCAGGGGGCUCAGUCAGAUCUGGUUCCUUCUCAGAGUGAGGGAUAG